AUGAUUUUUGCGUGUUGUAUGCCGCGGAGGGAGAAAUCCGUGUCUGGUUCUGGCUCAACAGACCCCGUCUACCACCAACCUCGUCUGAUUUCCCUUCCCAUCCCAGAGCCUCAGGAAGGACCUUCAACGAGAGGGAGGGAAUGGGCUGCCAGAACGAACUUUUCUAUGAAGAGGAAGCCUCGUGCUUUCAAUGGACCGUCCCAACAUGGUCCACCGAUUAUUAGCCACCCUUCGGACUUUCGUCUUCUUGAGAACCCCACGACGAGAAGAGCCCCUGGAGACGAGAGAUAUCGACCACUGGAAUUGAGUAUAUAUAUGCCAGAAAACCAGCUCUCGCCGAUUUUGCCGCUCUUUGGCAACAACAGCGGUGUGUCGAUGCCUCCACGAUAUUCCAAAGAGCUUCCCUUACCACCAGCCGCGGUAACACUUUCGAGACGCGAGAGCUCAAUGUCCUUUCGGAUACCUCGGAAACCAGUGUCAGGGACGUCGUCGGAUUGGACUGUAGAUUUCAAACCCCGUCCUGGCUCUCUUAGCGCGGAGGAGCUCCUCGCUGCUUUGGAGAAUGAGCUCCCAAAGGCCCCACCACCAGCACGUUUGCGAGCAAAUACAGAGCCACCAGUCUAUGAACGCCUUAAGUCUGCGCUGCAUGAGAGAUGUGAACUCGAACGACGGUUGAAAAAUAUCGAGGACACCAUCGAAAAUAAGAAGAGCGCAUACUUUAACAGCCGAUCCACAAGCCGCGCAUCGAGCCGACCUGCGAGCAUCUACUCCGAAUUCCAAGAACCUAUGCCAGCCCCAACUCUCUUGGAACCAUUCGAUCCAUCACCCAUGCCUGUAUUAUUUUCUCAGCCUGUUUCUUCUCAACCUGGGCAGCGCCCAAGAACUGUCCCUUCAAAGAUCGUCCAUAUUCCUUCGCGCCUUGCUCCCUUCACCGAAGCCAGCGCUACAUCUACCACGCCUUACCCAUCUUUAAUAGUGACCUCCCAGCCAGCCCCCCGGCCAUCUUCAUGUCCAACAUCACGACCAAACGAACCCUUGCCACCACCUCUUCCUCUCAUCCUCCAGCAACCUCAGUAUCCUAUUCGAACGAAAAAAUCUUUCUCUCGUGUCUCCAACUGGCUAUUCCCAGCAUCAGAUGGCCAUAAUCGUAACAUCUCUCUCGACAGCAUAACUAACGUCCCGAAACCGGUGACAAGCCGAGAAGGCUUCUACCAAUGCAUCAAUCUUGGGCCCACCAUGCACGCAAGAAGAAACUCGGAUUCUACGGUCAGCACGCUUGAGAGCGAUGUCGACGAGCCCUCCAUCCCCACGACAUGGAGUCCGGAUUCGAGUCCUCGUUCGAAUUACAAGCAGCGGAACGUCGCGAUUCGUACGCUUUCAGUAGAUUCUGAUAGGAAUGAAAAGAGUAUCGAGAUGACGAGGGUUCGGACUUUUGGCGAGGCAGAGAUGGGCGCCGAUGAGAGAUGGAGGAUGGGAGCUGUGUCAGGUCAUACCCCAAGAAUGAGCAGUGUUGGUCUUGCGUUCUGA